AUGGCACAUAAGUAUGCAAUAGAGUCGCUUGACAGAACUUUGAAAGAUGUUAUGAGUGCAAACAAAAAUUCCAAGGAUGUAUUUGGUGGAAAGGUUGUUGUUUUCGGUGGUGAUUUUAGACAUAUUUUACCAGUCGUCCCCAGAGGCAGUCAUUCGGAUAUUGUACACUGUGCCAUAAAUGCAUCUUACAUAUGGCAUUCAGUUGAGGGACAGUCAUUGGAUAAUGUCGGUUUGUACAUACCAAGAGAUGUAUUUACACACGGUCAGAUUUAUGUUGCAUUGUCAAGAGUAACAACAAAAAAGGGAAUCAAAAUACUGACACAUGAUGAAGAAAAGAAAUUCAAGGGGAAAACUACAAAUGUUGUGUAUAAAGAGGUUUUUAACAAUGUCUGA